UUAUUUUGUUACACAGAAAUGCGUUUCAUUUCGCUAUCAAACCAUGAUUACCGCACCUCCCGGUGAACAUAAAGUGUUUCGAAUAAAAAUAUGUGGAAAUUAGUGGUUGUUUUUGUCGCUCUUGUCGCAAUUGUUAGUGGGUAUCCCUAUCCCAAAUUAUAUCAACAUGUCCGUGCCGAUAAUCCUUCACAUCGAGGAAAUCAAUACUAUGAGAAGCCUCCAGUGGAACGCAGGCGAAGCAGUUUUGGUGGUUCGUCGUUUCAUGGUGGCGCAGCAACUGUGGAACUGAAUCCGAUGCACCAGCCACGUAUACAAAAUUAUAGUGUUCGCGUUGGGCAGGGUUUGGGCGCACAUAGGGGUGAAUAUUUUGAUAAAAAGGCUCCAUAUCCUACACAAAAGUAUCGCUAUUAUGAAAAUUAAUUUUGUGGAUUAAUUAUUCUGAUGACUAUAAGGAGUUAUACAAACGUGAUAUAUAAUUAUAAUUAUUGUAAAAGUAGUUUGAUAAUAAAAAGUUUUGUUUAUUACUGAAAAAGAAAAAAAAUUAAGUGAUUUCAAUACACUGUCAAUGUGAAAAGGUUGACAAUGACAAGCA